ACCCCUGAUGACAUCGCACGAUCCCACAGCUGCGACAGCGACACGAGCUAGAGCAAAGCCCGCGCCAACGCUUUCGCGUCUUCCACCUCCACCACUUCCACCGCUCCUCCCACCUCUCACGCGCGCCCGAUCGAGUGGAAAAGACAAAGAGUCAUGGACAAGACCGUGGUUCUGUACCCGAGCCUCGGCGUCGGGCACCUCACGCCGAUGGUUCAGCUGGCCAAGCUGUUCGCCCGGCACGGCGUCGCCGUCACCGUCGCCCUCGUCGAGCCGCAGGUCGAGUCGCCCAGCUUCUCCGCCGCGGUCGCCCGCGCCGCGGCCACCAACCCGUCCGUCACCUUCCACGUGCUGCCGCCGCCGCCGCCGGCGGCGGCCGAAGAAGCCCCGCGCGGCAGGUUCGACUACCUCCGCCUCAUGGACGCGCCGCUGCGGGACUUCCUCCGCUCGCUCCCGGCGGUCCACGCGCUCGUGCUCGACAUGUUCUGCGCCGGGUCGCUCGACGUCGCCGCCGAUCUCGGCAUACCGGCCUACUUCUUCUUCGCCUCGGGCGCCAGCUUCCUCGCCGUCUUCCUCAACCUGCCCAGCGUGGCGGCCAGCAUGGACAGGAGUUUCGCGGAGCUCGGAGACGCGCUUUUCCGUCUCCCCGUCGCUCCUCCGUUCAAAGCUACGGAUCUUCCCCAAGUUAUCCUGGACAACGACGAGGCCUCCAAGGCCACUCUUCGCAUGGCCGAGAGAAUCGCGGAGUCCAGCGGGAUUCUUAUCAACACGUUUGAGCAGCUGGAAGCUCGGGCGGUGCGUGAUCUCAGAGACGGGCUGUGCAUCCCUGGCCGUCCGACACCGCCGGUCUACUGCAUUGGGCCGUUGGUCACGGAAGGCGGAGACAAGAAGCACGAGUGCCUCGAGUGGCUGGACGCGCAGCCGGACAACAGCGUCACGUUCCUCUCCUUCGGCAGCCAGGGCACCUUCUCCAAGAAGCAGCUCGAGGAGAUUGCCGUCGGCCUGGAGAGAUCCGGGCAGAGGUUCCUCUGGGUCGUCCGGAGCCCGCUCGGCGACGAGCAGAGUAGUGGCGACCCGCUCCCUGAGCCAGACCUCGACGCGCUCCUCCCCGAAGGGUUCUUGGAAAGAACGAAGCACCAGGGGCUCGUCGUCAGGUCCUGGGCGCCGCAGGUGGAGGUGCUCGGCCACAGGGCGACAGGUGCGUUCAUGACGCACUGUGGGUGGAACUCGACGCUGGAAGGGAUCACGGCGGGGCUGCCCCUGCUAUGUUGGCCACUGUACGCAGAGCAGAGGUUGAACAAGGUGUUCAUUGUGGAAGAGAUGAAGCUUGGAGUGGUGCUGAGGGGUUAUGACGAGGAGGUAGUGAAGGACGAGGAGGUGGAGGCGAAGGUCAGGUGGGUGAUGGAUUCUGAGGGAGGAAGGGCCCUUCGGGAGCGUGCCAUGGCUCAGAAGAGCAAGGCCGUGCAAGCAUUGAGUGGAGGAGGCUCAUCUCAGGCUGAUUUUGUUGAGUUUCUAAAGAAUCUGUAGAAUUUGAACCUUGCAUGGUGCCACAUUUGUGAUACUUCGAUUUGUGUACCCUUACCGUGUUGAAAAAUAAGUGAGUUCCAUUUGUGCGAUUGAAACAUA